AUGGCAUACUCAGAGGCCGGAUCAAGUAGUGAUGCUGCACAAGUAUCAGGAGGUAAGUAUCAAGUGUCCCUGAAUUUCAGAGGACCCGACACCCGUUAUGGAUUCACAGAUUUCCUCUAUCACGGAUUGAUAAAUGUUGGAGUCCGCGUAUUCAUGGAUGAUGAGAAACUCAGCGUCCGCGAAGCGAUUGGUGGAGACCUUCUUCAUGCUAUCGACGACCCCAUAAUCUACAUACCCAUCUUCUCUCGGACUUAUGCUUCCAGUAUAUGGUGCCUCCGUGAGCUUAGGCAUAUAGUAGACAACGUGUCUAUGUCGAAGGAUGCUCUGCUGAAACACAAGGAGCUGUUUCCAGAUGAAGUAGAGAGGUGGAGAGCGGCUCUUGCAGAAGUAGGUGGAAUCAAGGGAUGGCACUGGGAUGGAAAUCAAAGCCCAGCAUUGAUAGUUGAAUCGAUUGUUGACAAGGUUUUAGUGAAGCUGGCAACAAGAAAAAAAGUAGUGACUGAACAUUUAGUUGGACUUGAUGAUCGGAUAAAAGAGUUGACAGAAUUAUUAGAUGUCGACCAUCCAAAUGUGCAGCUUAUUGGAAUUUAUGGAAUGGGUGGCAUCGGUAAAACAACUGUUGCCAAGGUUGUCUUCAAUACACUAUCUUCCCACUUUGGAAAUACUUGUUGCUUCCUUGAGAAUGUUCGAGAAUGCUCAUUGACCAAGGGCAUAGUCGAGCUACAAAAGAAUUUACUAUCUGACAUUGUUGGUAUUAAACCUAUGGAAAUUGUGAAUAAUUAUGAACAUGGAAUGAUGAUGAUCGAAGAAGUACUCAGUACUAAGAAGGUCCUUGUGAUUUUGGAUGAUGUUGCUGAAAAAUGGCACAUUGAGUACCUAAUAGGAAGACGUCCAUUAGCUCCAGGAUCCCGCAUAAUCAUUACAACGAGAGACCAAACUAUUAUGCCAGGGACUUCCCUCUCAAUGAUUAUCGUAAACUUUCAAAUGAAAUUGUCUCAACCACGGAACAACUUCCUUUGGCUAUUGAAGUGA